AAGAUACCAGAAAAAAAUGAUGAGGAAUGUUGGAGGGGAUGUGGGAAAACCAGGACACUGAUGCAUUGUUGGUGGAGUUGUGAACGAAUCCAACCAUUCUGGAGAGCAGUCUGGAAUUAUGCCCAAAAGUUGUCAAACUGUGCAUACCUUUUGAUCGGGCACUGCUACUUCUGGGCUUAUAUCCCAAAGAGAUACUGAAGAUGGGAAAGGGACCUGUAUGUGCCAAAAUGUUUGUGGCAGCCCUGUUUGUAGUGGCUAGAAACUGGAAAAUGAAUGGAUACACAUCAACUGGAGAAUGGUUGGGUAAAUUGUGGUAUAUGGAUAUUAUGGAACAUUAUUGUUCUGUAAGAAAUGACCAGUAGGAUGAAUACAGAGAGGCUUGGAGAGACUUAAAUGAACUGUUGCUGAGUGAAAUGAGCAGAUCCAGGAGAUCAUAAUACACUUCAACCACCAUACUGUAUGAGGAUGUAUUCUGAUGGAAGUGGAUUUCUUUGACAAAGAGAUCUAACUCAGUUUCAAUUGAUGAAUGAUGGACAGAAGCAGCUACACCCAAAGAAAGAACACUGGGAAAUGAAUGUAAACUGUUUGCAUUUUUGUUUUUCUUCCCGGGUUAUUUUUACCUUCUGAAUCCAAUUCUCCCUGUGCAACAAGAGAACUGUUUGGUUCUGCACACAUAUAUUGUAUCUGGCAUAUACUGUGACAUGUUUAACAUGUAUAGGACUGCCUUGCCAUCUGGGGGAGGGGGUGGAGGAAGAGAGGGGAAAAGUCUGAACAGAAGCCAGUGCAAGGGAUAAUGUUGUAAAAACUUAGCCAGGCAUGGGUUCUGUCAAUAAAAAGUUAACUAUUUUUAAAAGAAUAAUAAUAAAAAUAAAUAAAUAAUAAAGAAAGAAAGAAAGAAAGAAGUCUCUAAAAUGAAGGCUCGCCCUCCCCCUGUCCUCCUCUCGGGAUCCCAUUCCUCCCCAUCCCCCUCUGUGCCCUUUUUCUGGUCCCGACGCGGAAGGAGACAAGAGGCUACGUGGGCGUCCUUGACAGCCAGGGAUAUAAGUACCGGCCCCAGACCUCCUGGAGCUUCAGAAGGCACUUGGAGCAGCUGGUGGAGGAAGCAGAGCGAGUCCGUCCGCCAUCGGUCAGAGUGUCUGCGCUUUCUAGGCUCGAAUUACUACGUAAGUUUUUUUUUUCUUUCUUUCUGUAUCUUUGCGGUGAUGAAGGGUCCCCCUGAGCGCCGGUUUAUUGUCCCAAUGUUCUCUAGGCCCCAGCGCCGGAAACUCUUCCAAUCCAGGGCCGCCAAUGGAAGCGAGCUCCCGAUUGUUGAGGGCUCUCCCCUGUGUGCGGCAGCAGGGGGGCCUGGGGACAGCUCCUUGGCUACCUCGGCCCCGAACCGGGGCCACCCGGGCUCCCUGCCUCCCGCCCCGAACGGGGAGCAGGGAAACCGCAAGGUUGUGAAGGAGAAAGGGAAAGGGGACCAGGGAAAGGCCGAGUCCUCCCGGAGGCUGAAUGCCCGCCAUGUCUCCUUGGAAGGAGAGCGUCCCCCGCUCCUUCCCUUGGAAAACCCUGCCAGCAAAGCGGUGCAGGGCCGCCUUGUGCCGCUGUGGCCCGAGGCUCUGCCGGGAAGCACCUCCGGGCCCAGGGAAGGCCAUCUAGCAAAGGAUGGCCCACUAGGGGGGCAAGAGUUAGGAGAGAAUGGGAGGAGGCCCCCUGCCAGUCUUACCGAGGACAAGCAACUGGGAGAGGACUUGCACCUGGCCCUUCCCUCUUCUCCCUCCAGGGAAGUGGGGCAGCGGAAAGGCUCCAGAGCCGCCAACGCCAGUUUUUCCAACAUGGACAAAGGGGUGCGGACGCGUCCCAAGCUGAGCGGCGGCAAGAAGCUGCCAGCGACAACGGGGUGUAAAGCGGCCCUCCCGAGGGGGAAGCGCCCCGAGACCCAUCCCGAGGCCGGCCAAGAGACCUGGAUAAAAGACCUGGACUCCCUGCGCAGGCGCAUGCUGCAGGAGAUCCCAGAGCUUCAGGCUUUGGGGAAGCAGGAGGAGGAUGUGGCCGCUGCAAUCGGAACCCGCCAGGGCAUUGCCAAGAUCCAAGAGCAUCUGGCAGCCCCAGCGGGAGCCUCGGCAAUAGCCCCGGUUGCCUUGCGCCUCCCCCCUCUCCUUUGUCUCUCGUGGAAGGUGGAAAAACCCAAAGGCCUGAGAGCCCCCAAGGAAAGCACGGACCAAAGGGACAGAGGGUCACGGCUGCCGCGUAAGUGCAGUCCAGGGAAGAAGCCCCCUGGGCUUUCAGCCCAGGCAGGGCACAAAACGGCCAUUCCGGACAAGACGCGCCAAACGCCCGCCACUCCAGAGUUCUGGAUAAAAGACCUGGACUCCCUGCGCAGGCGCAUGCUGCAGGAGAUCCCACAGCUUCAGGCUUUGGGCAAGAAGGAGGAUUUGGCCGCUGCUGUCCAACCCCCCCAGGGCAUUACCGAGAUCCAAGAGCAGCUGGCAGCCCCAGCAGGAGCUUUGCAAAUGGCCCCGGGAGACUUGCGCCUCCCGCCUCUGCCUUCUCCCUUCAGGGAGGUGGAGCAGGCGAAAGGCCUGGGGGCCACCAAGGUCAGCGUCAUUCAAGCGGACAAAGGGAUGCAGGUGCAGGGAAAGCUUUGUCCAGAUGAAGGGCCCAACGACUGUGGAGCGGAGGCAGAAGUGGAAGGAGCAGUGCCCAGGGAAAAGCGCAAGAAGGACCACCCUGGGCCCCACCAAGAGAACAGCAAGAAGCUCCGGAGCUUCGUCAGUACCCACGGGCUGCAGCCAAACAAGAAGAAGGACAAGCUGAGUGGACAGUCCAAGAUCCAAGAUCGUCAGUCCACUACAGCGAUCCCAGAGCGUUUGGAAGCCCCAGCAGGAGCCUCGGCAAUAGCCCCGGUUGCCUUGAGCCUCCCCCCUCUCCUGUCUCUCUCCUGGAAGGUGGAAAAACCCAAAGACCUGGGGGGCCCCAAGGGGAACACGGACCAAAUGGAAAGAGGGUCGCAGGUGCGGCGCAAGUGCAGUCCAGAGAAGAAGCCCCCGGGGCAGCCAGGGCAGAAAACAGCCCUCCCGGACAGGACCAGCCAAACGCCGGCCAGCCCAGAGUUCUGGAUAAAAGACUUGGACACCCUGCGCAGGCUCAUGCUGGAAGCUAUACCAGAGCUUCACGCAUUGGGGAAGAAGAAGGGGGACGUGGCCCCUGAGUUCCUAUCGCGCCAGGGCAUUACCGAGAUCCAAGAGCAUCUGGCAGCCCCAGCAGGAGGCUUGCAACCGGCCCCGGAAGCCUUGCGCCUCCUCCCUCUGCCUUCUCCCUUCAGGGAGGUGCCCAGCAUCCUGGGCAGGCGCAUCCCGGAAUCAGUGCAGGAGUUGCACGCUCUGGGGGUGUUGAGCAGACCAAGGAAAUCGGGUACCCAGAGGCCAGAGGCGUGCAAGCAGACCGAGGGCUGCGGGGGCCGCCAAAGCUCUGACCGGGCCGAGGGCUGUCUGAGAGUGGCGCUGAGCCACAAGAGGAAGAGGCCCCGCUGA